AUGGUAGUAAAAUACGGCUUGCAUGUAUUCGUAUGCCUAGCAUUCGGUAUCCAAUGUUCUUUGAACGGCCUUUUCUGGCUUCUUCGAAAUGAGCAACCUGUACCUGGAUACGGCGUCUCCUCUGCGCAACUACAGCGCUCGACAGAUAUCGUUGCAACUGUACCACGAAACGAAAAAGAGUCCCAGCGUUUUGUGAGAGGUACUAGUCUUGUGAGCAAGAAUUCCGAGACAGGCUCAUACACGAAAAGCGGCUCUGUCGGAAUGGAAGUCAAGUUCCCUGGUAGUCCAACACUGGACGACGAACAAACACAUAUCGAAGUGGCAGAAAGUAUCGCGGUUUUGGAUGGGACACUUACACUUACUUUGGCGAACUCUUCGAUUGUUGAUUUGCCGAAAGAGCUAUCUCUGGCACGCAACUUGCCUGCUUCGAUUCCUGGUGCCAAUAGCGAGCAGGCGCCAAUUAAACGCACGCCAAUACAGGGAGAUUUGUCCGCCCGUGGUAGGUCGACACGCUUUCCCUCAAUCGAGAAGCGCGUGGAGCUGUACAUGGGUGAUUGGUAUGUACCGGACAGCUGCCUUGAUGCAGUAAAAGGAACGAUUCUGUUCGAACGAAACGACGAUGAUGGGUCAGUCACUUUUCAAAGGUACACGACGGGAAAGGCUGUCGAGACGAAAAGUGUAGGGACAAAACCAAGCUCGAAAUCCACAUUUGCUAUCGAUUUCUUUGCUAUCCGACAGCAAGCCGAAUACCAAAGCACAAGCGCAGAAGACAAAAGUGCUACUCAGGAUGUGGCUAAUGCGUUGUGCAGCUCAGUCGAUAUGCAGGCAUGGAAAUAUAACCCUGUCGCGGCGCCACUGCUGGUGCGUAUUGGAGCAGAUGGGGAGCAUUCUUCCUCAUCCCACAACCUACCGCAUCUUCGUGCCAUUCGUCGAAGUCAGAAACAUGAAACUACACGUUUACAAAUUGCCGAGAGUGGUGCUUGUUUGACUCUACUGUCGCACUUUCCGACCCUGGACAACGUUGCUGUGAAUGACGAUGUAUCUCCGAUUAUUUGGAAUUUUCGCUUACAAGAAAAGCGUAUGAAACAAACGAUUUUGAAUAUUGACACUGAUUGGUCGAAGAAGCGAAACCAGACGCUUUCUCGUCAACACUUUGUUGAUAAAGACGAGGAAAAGAUUGGCAGUGAGAAUGUACCCGGGGCUACAGAAAGCAACUUCGCUGCUAAAUGUCGAAGAAGGCCUGUCUGUCGGCUAGUUCUGGAUUCCGCAGAUUCGAAGCUUGUCAAAGCCAUGUUGGUCGGCUCGCACUCCAUGCCCGACACCAUCGGGAAUGUACGAAUCAAGGCACCUGCUUUGACCAAAAGGAAAGAGCUGGAGUCAAAGGCGCUAGUGAUUAUGCCCAGUAAUACGCUUGAUCUUGCCUCGGCGCUUCUGUCGAAGUCAGUUGUUAUGAUGCCAUCCGCGACCACCACAUCAUGGUUGAUGGAAGAUCUUCUGGAGCCGUGGGUGCACUACAUCCCGCUUGAGUCGGACCUGUCCAAUGUCGAGCAAAGGACGCAAUGGGUCGUCGAGCACGACCACGAAGCCGAAACAAUCGCCAAGCAGGCGACGCUGUGGAUGGAAGACCUGAUGUUUGGCAAAGAAGCAGCAAACGACAACGAGGCGGUCGAACAGCUUAUACUACGUCGUUACAGUGCGCUGUUCCGACCACAGGGUUCGUCUGAGGCAAGCGUGAAUCGACUGGUGAAGUCGCAGAUUUCUACAAGUCAUUCGGCGUUGACAGCUGGCAACCGAUCCAUCCAUGCACUUAUCGAAGGCUCCAAGCGAACGGCGAUGGUAGACUCUGAUGCAGAUGUGGCAACCGCCGUCUGCUAUAAAACUUUGUUCGGUGCUGUUGACUUGUAUCGGUUCAUUCAAUGGGCAGCUUACAAUCACAUGCUCGGUUUCGAUCGCAUUUUCGCCUGGUACCUACCAAGCAUUCGGAACUACGAGGGAUUCGACCUCCUGGCUAGCUUACCAUACGUUACCAUGAUUGAAAAUGUAGAAGGCGUUGUUAAGGAGGUCCGACCUGGGUACGAACGUGUAGUAGGCGACGGCGAUCAGUUCGCUUUGGAAAAGACGUGUCUGAAAGGCGUAGCCAAGGACUAUGAUUGGGUCUUGUUUGCCGAUGCGGAUGAGUACUUAUGGUUCAACCAGAGUAUCGGUGUCAAGGAGUUUCUGCACGGUAAUAGCGGAAACAACACCUACCUCUCGUUUGGGAAGUACAUGUACACACGAAGCCACGGUGUCAACGCUUCGGACAACGGCUUCGGGUUGGACGCUUACCCGUUUACGACUGGACGCUACUGCUUUGCCAAGCCGUCGUAUGCACCGGAAAAGCGUGCAUUGUACCUUGGAGAUCCGGUGUGCCCCCGACACUUUGGCCGUUCCAAGGUCAUGGUGAAACCCGCAUUUCACGAUAAAGUCAAUGUUCACGGCACACACAUUCCAAAUCCAGAACAGCAAUCCGUUCAUUUCCAUUCGGAUGUGGCUCAUUUCAAGGAAUGGCCGGAUAUCUUUAGUAAGGUCAAUCCGAUCUUGCAGGAGAAAAAGUCCUUUACAGUUGAAGCCGACUCUGGACUGACCCUCCACCACAGUUUGGACAGAGCUCAGAAAGCCAACCCGGACGGCACAUACAACGUAUUCUAUGAUGACAAACUUAGCAAUUGGCUUAGGUUCGUAGCGACUCGACGAGGCGGGUAG